AUAAUGUAGGAGUCGAUGAAAUUAACGAGUUGAGCUUGCACUUUGGGCGCGGUCAUUCGGUGAAGUUGCAUAUGGGCUUCUUGGUCAUAGGAUGUGCGGUCAUUGGUGAAAUUACAAAAGAGCAAAGCAAAAGUUUUAAGUCUUCCUUGAAUUGUACUGAAUAUAAAAAGUGGGUAGAAGCCAGGAAGUCAUUCAAAGAACACGACGAAUUAUUGUCUAUGGAUCAGGCGGAUCAAAAACUCGAAAAUGGACCUUACAAAAGACCAGUUG